AUGCUGCUGGUCCCUUCUCUGCACAUUCAGCACCUGCACCUAUAUAAAGAGAGCCUGCUUCAGCCUUGGCCUCUUGCAUAUAAGCAAUUCCAAGGCCUUGCAAGAGUUAGGCUUAGGCAGCUCGCUACUACACUACUAGGCAGGCAACCAGGUAGCAGAGUCAGUAGUUACAGCAGAAAUGCAAGCAUCACUCGGCAUGUCAACCUCAAGCAGCAGCAGGUCGUCGUCGUCGUACUCCUCCUGCUCUUCACCACCCUUGCUCUGGCUCUCCUCUGCUCCCAGCUCACCAUUGCCAAGGAGCAGUGCCAUGAGUUCGUGGUGAAGGAGGCGACGGUGACGCGGCUAUGCGGGACGCGGCGGAUCAUGACGGUGAACGGGCAGUUUCCUGGCCCAACGGUGGAGGUGGCCGAGGGCGACGCGCUCAUCGUGCGCGUCGUGAACCGGGGCAGCUACAACGUGACGGUGCACUGGCACGGCGUGCGGCAGAUGCGGACGGGGUGGUCCGACGGGCCGGAGUUCGUGACGCAGUGCCCCAUCCGCCCCGGCAACUCCUACACCUACCGCUUCACCGUCGCCGGGCAGGAAGGCACGCUGUGGUGGCACGCGCACAGCUCCUGGCUCCGCGCCACCGUCCACGGCGCGCUCGUCAUCAGGCCACGCGCCGGCGUGCCUUACCCGUUCAACGGCGGCAAGCCGCCGCCCGCAAGGGAGAUCCCCAUCAUCCUAGGGGAGUGGUGGAACAUGAACCCCAUCGACGUCGUCCGCACCGCCACCCGCACCGGCGCAGCGCCCAACAUCUCCGACGUCCUCACCGUCAACGGCCAGCCCGGCGACCUCUACAAGUGCUCAUCCAACGGCACGACGACGUUCGCGGUGAAGUCCGGCGAGACGAACCUGCUGCGCUUCAUCAAUGCCGCACUCAACACGGAGCUCUUCGUCUCCCUGGCCGGCCACACCAUGACGGUGGUGGGCGCGGACGCCUCCUACACCAAGCCGUACGCCACGUCGGUGCUCAUGAUCGCACCGGGCCAGACCACCGACGUCCUCGUCACCUUCGACCAGGCCCGCGGCCGCUACUACCUCGCGGCGCGCGCCUAUGCCAGCGCGCAGGCCGUCCCCUUCGACAACACCACGACCACGGCCAUCUUCGACUACGGCACCACCACCAACACCACCUCCACCAGCAGUCCCGCGAUACCGACCCUCCCGGCCUACAACGACACCGCGACGGCGACGUCGUUCACGACGAGCCUGCGCGGCCUGCGCAAGGCGAAGCUGCCAACGCACGUCGACGAGAGCCUCUUCUUCACCGUCGGCAUCGGCCUCUUCAACUGCUCGAGAGGACAGACCUGCGGCGGGCCCAACAACACGCGGUUCGCGGCGAGCAUCAACAACGUCUCCUUCGUGCUCCCGUCCACCACCUCCAUCCUGCAGGCGCACUACGCCGGUGGCGGGGCGGCGUCGACGCCGGGCGUGUUCACCGCCGACUUUCCUGCCAACCCACCGGUGCAGUUCGAUUACACGGCGCAGAACGUGAGCCGCGCGCUGUGGCAGCCCGUGCCGGGCACCAAGGUGUACAGGCUCAAGUACGGCGCCGCCGUGCAGCUCGUGCUCCAGGGCACCAACGUGUUAGCGGCCGAGAACCACCCCAUCCACCUCCAUGGCUAUGACUUCUACAUCCUCGCCGAGGGGUUCGGCAACUUCGACGCCGCCACGGACGUCGCCAAGUUCAACUUGGAUGAUCCGCCGAUGAGGAACACGGUGGGCGUGCCGGUGAAUGGGUGGGCAGUCAUCCGGUUCGUCGCGGAUAAUCCGGGGGUGUGGCUGAUGCACUGUCAUUUGGAUGUGCACAUCACCUGGGGCCUCGCCAUGGCGUUCCUGGUGGAGGACGGCGUUGGGGAGUUGGAGUCUCUCGAGGCGCCUCCAUCUGAUCUGCCAGUCUGCUGA